AUGGUCACCCCGCUGCUCGCUCGCGAUGAGCACAGCAAUACCCUUCAAAACAAACCGCUGGAGCCAAUCUCCAUCUUAGCUCCCUUUUCAGCGCUCAUCAUCUCAAUCAUAUUGGUCGUCUUCUUCCUCAUCCGCUUCUAUAUUCUCGAGGGCUUCUUGAUCAAAAGGCUCUAUGGCCCAAUCUACUUGAACCUGAGUGAGCUCAACCGCCGCGGAUUCAUCAACCAUCACAUUGCCGGCGUGACCAAGAUCCUCAUCCUGAUUGUCGCUGCUUAUCCAUUUGUCGCCGUUACGUUCUGCAACUCCACCUUCCACACCCCUUACGCGCAUGGAUCCCCCGUCACCCUGGGCGACAUGCUCAUCGUCGUGGCCCAGAUGCUGAUCGCCAUGUACAUCUUCGAGCUCAUAUACCGCUCCAAACUCUCGCCCGUCGCGGUGCUACAUCAUAUCGGAACAAUCCUCAUAGGACAGUCUGCGAUCGCCAUCAGCUUGAAGCUGGCACGCGAGCCCGAUGCAGAUAUCGAAUUCAUUCUCUGCACCGUAUGGGGUGCUUUUGACAUCGUAUCCGAAUUCUUCCCCCACAUCGCCAUCAUUCUCUAUCGCAUCUACCCGCAGCGCCACCAUUUCCUCAGUCGACUCUUUCUGCUGUCCUGCAUCACUACCGCCAUUGGCACCACCUGUGAGACGAUCGUCACCAUGUGGCUGUUUGGCAGUUUAUGGAACCGCUGGGAGAUUGCCUUCAAGGUUGCCACGCCACUGUUGCAUUGUGCUUUUUCGGCUGCUCAGAUCCAUGGCAGCCUGGUGUUCUGGCGCAUGUACAAGCGACAGCAGCGCUUCCUACAGGAGGCAGAGUCUGUCUCCUUUGAAGUGAAGGAGGAGAACAUUGGUAUUUAUCCUCCUCGCUCGGCCGACUCACCACAGCCAUGCAUUCCUCCGAAAGCUAUUCUCUGCAGUAACCACUAG